AUGGCCCAUGGCAGGAGCUUCCGGAGAGCAUACUCCCUCCGCACCCCCAAAUCCCCCAGCCUCCUGGAUUCUACCUACGGCCGACUGGAGGACAAGACAGAGAGCUCGGACAAGGCUAAGCAGAGGGCAAAGAGGAGAGCUGUGAGCCUGAGGGGGUGGAAGAGUGGGGUGGAAGAGUCCCCAGCUGAGAGGACCCCCAACCCAGGGGAGAUGCCCCACUCACUAAGCCCCGAUGAUGGGGAGCUGCUGAUCGGCGAGGCUCAGAGCAAGGGCUCUCACAGGAUGAAGCAGUGCAAGAAGCAGGUGGACCGAGCCCUCCGCAGAGGCUGGGAGACCUUUGUGGCUAACCUAUACAGCGUGACACUGAGCCGCCCAGCUCCCCCCUCCGAGGCCGCCCCUUUGCGGUGA